AUGACAAACAAAGAUUUUUUUGUUGAAAAGAAUGAUGAUGAUGAUGAUGAUAAGUCUGAAAUCAAUUGGGAUGCUUAUCGUGGUCUUAAUGAAUUAAAAUUAAUAUACAAAAAAGAUCAUAUUAAACUUGAUUGUAACUUUUUAAAAUUACACGAUAAAUGUGCAAUAACACUAGAAACUUUUAAUCAUAAUCCUUAUUCAAUUAAUAUUAUUAACGAUGAAUAUGUUGACCGAAAUGGGUAUGUCUCUUUAUUCAUUCUUGUAUAAAUUGCUUUAGAAUUCUUUUUUGGAGAAUUAAAAAAUCAUCGUAUUUGUCGUUUAGUAAAGUUUAUUGGCCGACGAAUAAAUAAUUAUUUAAAAGAAAUUGAUGAUGCCACAAUACAACCACAACAGCAGCAAUUACACCUUCAACAUCAUCAUCAUCAACAACGUCAUAGAGUACAACAAUUGCAAGAACAAAAUAAUUGUAAUGAUUACUAUGGUCA